UAACAGUCGCUAUCAGAGUGAUGCCCACAGGGAUUACACUUUUCAGAAAAAGCCCAAAAAAACGCAACAAACUUUCUGAGCAAAACGCUUUCAGGUAUGGAAGAUAAUGAAAACUGAAGAUUGAGAAGCGGAGAAAACAAUGAAAAUGUUUUCAGAAAACACAGCUCAGCGUUUUGUGUUUUCGCUCCAUAUUCUUCAUUGUCCGACCACGUACAUGCACACUCUUGUGUUAACCACACUCCACAUCCCAAAUCACCCAUUGGGAAGUGCCUCCACGCGCCACAGAUGAGGAUGAGGCCACUGUGUCUGACACAACUGGCCGUCUCUUGCUUUUCUUGCUCCUGGUUUCAGAAAUGCCUCUGGGUUUUUGCUUAUAUAAGUAGGUGUGACCUUGUGAGCUGAAACAAUGGGUUUUCCCUUCUAGCUGAUAUACUCGCCUUCUUCUCUGGGUUCUUGGAGUGUUAUUUUUUGUUGUUGAUCCUGAUGAGUUCACCACCAAGAGUGUUGCCUGAAUUCUUCAAAGUGUAUCUCCCAGAAUACAGCUCGGACAGACUGCGCAUCCCAACAGCUUUUAUAGGGCACUUUAAUGGCCUUGUGCCUGAAAAGGCCAUCCUCAGAGAUUUUUUUGGGAGAGUUUGGCAUGUGGAGGUAGGCCAAAUUGGAAAGGAUGUGUGCUUUCUGAACGGUUGGCAGCGAUUUCUGACAGAUAAUUCUGUAGAAGAGGGGGACUUUUUGGUUUUCCGAUAUGACGGAAAUCAUAUAUUUGAUUUUAAAUUGUUUGGGAGAACUGCAUGUGAAAAGAAAGACACUGACAAGGUUAGUGUGGAUAUCUACCAAAAGGAUUUUAGUGUAAAGGAGGAAAAGGAUGUGGUAGAAGCAGAAAGAGAAGAAAAGAAGCAAGAGGAAGAGGAGGAUGAGGAAGAGGAGGAAGAAGAAGAAGAAGAAGAAGAAGAAGAAGAAGAAGAUGAGGAGGAGGAGGAGGAGGAGGAGGAGGAGGAGGAAGAGGAGGAAGAAGAGGAGUCAUCAGAUGAAGAGGAGGAGGACAAAACAAAUGACAGAGUGGAAGAGGAACCACAACCAAAAUCUUCUAACAAGAAAGUGGUUGUAUUGAAGCAUAAAUAUUCUGGCAGAGGUCGACCACCAACUGGUACAAGAAAUUAUAGAGGUUACAAAGGAACUGCUGUAAAAAAAACCAGAGUUGCAUACAUUGGAACCUCUCAUAGCAACAGCACGUAUAAAAAACCUUCAGGCACCCAGGCUGAGGUAGACAAUUCAUUUGCCAUGGCAAGUAUCGUUGAAAGCAAAAAUCCUUAUUUCACGACAAAAUUAAGACCAAUGAGGCCAAGUAAAUUGUAUGUUCCAGUAGAUGUACUUAAAGACCAUAACAUUGCAUUACCUCCAAGGGUGUUGCUUCGUGACCCUCUCGGGAGAUCAUGGCCUGGAGAUGUUGCUGUCUGGAAGGACGGUCGGACAUGGAUUAGCGGGUGGAGAGCUUUCUGCAAGUGGAACCAUGUGGAUGAAAAUGACACCUGCAUUUGUGAACUAGUAGAGGAAAGAGGCCACCAGGGAGAUGUCAUUGUUGUUCACAUUCAACGGGCACAACCUAGGCUUAAGGCGCCCAAUUGCAGUUGAGAGUAGAAAGGAGAGAGGAAGUGAUUUUAAGGCAACCCUGAAUUUCACAAUCAUUUCCAUUCUAGGACCUCCAUGAAGUUUACUAUUGGUGCUUAUUCUGGUUGUUAAUAUAUAUGGUCUAUGAGUCUCUGGAUUUGGUGUUGAACUAUCAAUCAAACUCUUCUUUAUAUACAUAAUUUACAAUCUUCUCACUUAUUACC